AUGGCCUCACAGUCUCGCUUUACGUCGACAACCCCACUCCACUGGGUUCCUCCUUCUUCUGGGCCCAACGAUGAGCUCGCCGCCGCUGGUGGUGAUGGUCAGGAGAACAUCCCAAUUGACCCGGCGCUUCUUGGUGUUCCCCCCGCUUUUGGUGCUCCUGCCGAGGGUGGUGUCCAGGGCGUAACGGCCUCUGGCACGACGGCCUCUGGCGUGACCGUGGGCCAGAAGCGCACUCGUCACACUGAUUACGCUCAGUGGGCUCGUACGCAGGCAGGCCUCGCCCGGCUUAACCGUGACAUGGCCGACGACGUUGUCUCUUUCACGCAGCUCGACGAUGACCAGCGUGAGAUCACGUCGUUCAUCAAGAUGUGCCAGAUCGAGCAGAAGCUCAACGACCUAGCUAAGUCCAAGAGUGACGGGGCUGUUACGUGGGCCAUUCACUCCACCCUUUCGGCAUUCAUCCAGGAGGAGGCUUACGAGACGAUCCUCGACCCCACGCUCUCGAAUUACAUCAAUGCGCCGAAGGAAACGACAUGCGAACGCCUGCGCAACGAGACUCAGUACAACCUCGUCUAUCUUCAUAUGGACAACAUGAAGGCCACUACGAUCAAGACCCGGGUCGAGAAGAAGCUCACCGACGGGCGCGGCAAGGUCAAGGAGAUUCUGGAGAACAGCGUCUCCACCGCGGAGGGCAAGCGCAUCGACAUCUUCACGAUGUGCCUCAGCAUCAACCAGCUGUCAAGCCGCCGCAAGCGCACACUGCAGUCCCCAACCGUUGCCAUGCUCGGCCGCUUUGCCUUCAUCCGUUACUGCUACGUCGAAGCAGUCAAGGUCGGCAAGGAGCAGUUCGACUUCUGGCCCUACGUCGACUUCAGCCUCAAGCAACUCCGCGAGGGUAACAACAACGACCCCGUCAAGAUUUCGCAAGUCCUGCACAGCUUUCUCCUGGAUGAUCAGACCCUCUAUGGCAAGAUCAACGCGGAGGAGGUCCACAUCAACACCGCGGCCGAUGUACUCGCAUAG